GUGAAAGACACUUUUGGCUCUAGCGUUUAGGAUUUGAUUUAAACAUUCGAUUUUUUUUUUCUUGGUUUGAAUUAAAACAUUGGAUUAUUGCUUGUGUAGAGGUUACAAACUGUGUCCUAGUUCAAACUUACAAGAAACAUGUGAGUGCUUAAGUCAUGAGGCUUUGGCUUUUUCUUUUAUGCUUUAGACAUACGCAAACCGCUUUCCGCAUGUCGGAAGUGGCAGAGCCUUACAUCAGAAGAAGAGCAAUAAGACAUCUAGAAAAAGGCAGAGUUGUGAUAUUUGCAGCUGGAACGGGCAAAAACCCCCUUUUCACCACUGAUACUGCAGCAGCUCUUCGCUGUGCUGAAAUUAACGCAGAAGUAGUCCUGAAAGCAACGAAUGUAGAUGGAGUCUUUGACGAUGAUCCUAAUUGA